CUUAAUCAGAAUAGUAUGUAUAUAAACAUCUGCUUUGCGAGAGUUACGGUAUAUUUGAGUUUUCCAUCGUGCGAUAUAAACUAUUGCGUAUUGCUUCGAACAAAAAUUUUAUCAAUCAUGAAGUACGUUUUGACGUUCUUCACGGCUUUAAUUGUCGUUGGAGUUUCUGCCGUACCAUUUAAUGGCAAUCGUACAAAUUUAUUGAAUGGCAAUAGAUCGAACAUAUUUAAUGAAAACUCUUACGAUAUGUUUAAUGGCAAUUAUACGCCAUCUUUGGAUAAAGAACUCUCAGAUUUCACAAAACUCAUACCUCUCGACAAACUAGGUGCAAUUUUGGAAAGAUACAAGAAUGAUCCUCAAAUAAUAAAUGGAUAUACUUAUCUAUAUCAUAAUCAUUUCCAUAGUUUGGUAUAUGCUGUAGAGGCAUUACCAGAAUAUCAUAGAUAUGUUCUCUAUCUUCAAGAAUCGGGAUUUGACAUAAAAAGACGAAUUAAAAUAUUUCAUUUAAUGUAUGGAAUGGAAGAUUAUGUACCGCCCAAACCAUUGUAUGAACUAUUUAAGAAGGAAGACAAUUUUGAAGGUGGAUUUAAAGGUCUUUUCAAAGAAAUUAUUGCAAUCCUUCCUGUAGAGGAAUUGAAGGAACUUCACAGAAGGAAACUAAAGGAAUCGGAGACCUUCAGCAAAUUCGUUUCUUAUGUAUCUGACAAAAAAUUCUCUGAUAUCCGCAAGGACCUUAAGGAGAAAAAACCAAUGCAAGAAAUUAUAAAAUAUUUGGGACUAGUUGGUAUUGAUUGUCUUGCGUAUGAAGAUCUUCUGAAACAUAUCUUUGGCUUCGAAUCAUAAAUUAUGCAAUAGAUUUUUCAUUCAAUAGUUUUAUUCAUUUAGAAUAAAACUGUUCCGUUAUAUAUAUAUACAUUAAAUAUCCAUUUCUUGUAAUACAAGUAAAAGUAUAUUUUUGGUCACUUUUAAUUAAGAAUUAAUAAAAAUACAGAGCAUUUAAAAA